AUGUCCAAGACUAUUAUCGGUUUAAGCUUCGGUAACACUUCCUCGUCGGUUGCCAUUAUGAAGGAUGGUGUCCUUGAGGUUAUUGCUAACCAGGACGGUGACCGUGCAAUCCCGACUAUGCUGUCUUACGCACAUGGCGACGAGUACUAUGGUGCGCAGGCCAAGCAGCAGUUGGUUCGCAACCCCAAAAACACUGUUGCCUUCUUCCGUGAUUUUUUGGCCAAUAGCUAUGCCAAGAUCGAUGUCAGUGCCAACCACCGUUCUGCCCAUCCCGUUGAAGAUAGCGAGAAACUCGUUGCUUUCAAAGUUGUUGACGGCGAGUCCGAGCAUACCGUCAGUGUGAAUGAGAUUGUCGUUCGCUACCUCAAGCAACUGCACACUGCUGCUAAUGACUACAUUGGCAAGGAGAUUGACGGCAGUGUGAUUGCCGUCCCCACCAAUUUCUCUGAGCAGCAGCGAAAGCUGGUUGCCGAAUUGGCUGAAAAAGCUGGCCUGCCUGCCUUGCAAGUUAUCAACGAACCCACUGCUGCUCUCCUCGCCCACGUUUCUCGUCCUGAUAUCGAUGCACAUGCUAACAAGCUUUUCGUUGUCGCUGACUUUGGCGGUACUCGUUCUGACGGCGCCGUCAUUGCUUAUAACGGUGGAAUCUUUACUAUUCUGGCGACCAUGCAUGAUCUUGAGCUUGGCGGCCGUGAUCUUGAUGAGGCCAUCAUCGAGCACCUGGCCAAGGAGUUUGAGAAAGAAUACAAGGUCGAUCCCCGCAAGGAGGAGCGCGCCAUGGCCAAGCUUGCCCAUGAGGCCGAGCUGAUCAAGAAGACUUUGUCGAACUCUACGACUACCCAGUUUGGUAUUGAGAGUGUUGCUUCUGGUUUCGAUUUCAGCGGCUCUCUUAACCGUCUUCGUUUCGAGAUGGUUGGCCGCUCUGCGUUCACACGUAUUGGCGACUUUGUCAAGCACCUUGUUGCCAAAGCCAAUGUUGAUGUUCUGGAUGUUGAUGAGGUUCUUCUUGUUGGUGGUACCUCUUGGGUGCCCAAGGUUUCCUCUGUUGUUUCCGGUCUGUUUGAUUCUGAGCGCACUGUUAUCCGCUCACCAAACACCGACACUAAGGCCAUCGAUCCCGAUGAGCUGAUUGCUCGCGGUGCUGCUAUUCAGGCCUCUUUGGUCUCCAACUUCGAUGCUGAGGAGAUCGCCGAGUCUUUGCAGCCUGUUGUCACCAACGGCCCCCAUCUUGCCAAGCCUAUUGGUGUCAAGACCGCUGAGGGUGUUACUGAGAUUUUGGCUAUCAACACACUCAUUCCUAUCCGUAAGACUAUCUCUAUCCCUGCUGAAGGUGAUGUUCUUAUUGAGAUUGUCGAGAUCGAGCGUGAGAUUAAGGUCGAAACCGUCAAGCCCGAGCCAAAGGCUGCCGGCGAGGACGAAGAGAGUGACUGGAGUGACGACGAGGAUGAGGAGUAUGAGGUUCGCAGCAGAGUUGUCAAGCCCGGCAAGACUCUUGCUCAGCUUGGUAUCACUGCUAACGGCAAAGCUGAUAUCGUUGUUACUAUUUCCAAGGAUCUAAAGAUGCAGGUUGCCGCACGGUCUGGCUCCGAGCACGUCGCUGGUACUGUUUAA